AGUCCAAUCUUAUAAAAGCGACGAAUUUGCCUCCAUCGUGUGCCAAAGUGAGGAGUACCAACAGUAAGCCAACAACGUUCCCGUUCCACUUUCGAAAUGGAGCCCGGACGAGUUUACAUUGACUCGGGGUACAGAAUGUACUAUGACGAGGGGACGAAAUUAACCGAUGGAAUUCCAGCCGGAUUGGAGUCUGUGUUGCCGGAAAUUUGGAAGCAAUAUCCUCCUGAGCAUCCAAUGAUCACGGAUUUCUUUGCUGUCAUUGUGUUUGCUUUGUGGCUAGUCAACUUUUUCGGGAAUGGAUUAGUCAUCGUGGUCUUUUUGGUCACAAAAAGUCUACGGACACCUACAAAUAUGUUCAUUGUCAACUUAGCCUUCUCGGAUCUGUGCAUGAUGACCUUCAUGGGACCUUCCGUGACAGUGAAUGCCUUCAUAUCCGACCACUGGAUAUAUGGUGCAUUGUUUUGUCAAUUGUACGGAUUCUUCGGUGCUCUCUUCGGAACUGUGUCGCUGCUAACCAUGGUGGUGAUUGGCUACGACCGUUACAACGUGAUAGUCAAAGGAUUAUCCGGUACUCGGAUCACGGGCUGUAAGGCCUUUUUCAUCCUCCUAUUUAUCUGGAUUUACGUUCUGGCCGGGAGUCUGCCACCUCUCUUCGGCUGGGGAGGAUUUGCUUUGGAUGGUUUAUUGAUCACUUGCUCCUAUGACUACUACACUUAUGACUGGAAUAAGCUGUCAUAUUGUUUUUAUGCCUUCAUCACCCACUAUUUGCUACCCUUGAUACUCGUCCUCUACUAUUAUGGGUGCAUCGUCAAGGCUGUGGUCCAACACGAACGAGCGCUGAAGGCACAAGCUAAAAAGAUGAACGUGUCAAGCCUUCGAUCAGGUGGUAAUGAAGAUGGUCAGAGUGCCGAGAUGCGGAUUUGCAAAGUUGCCAUAACCAACGUUUCUCUCUGGUUUUUGGCCUGGACCCCGUAUGCCGUGGUUUUCAUGUUUCCACUCUUUGGAAAACUUCACUGGGUUACACCGCUGGUUUCUCAGCUACCCAUUUUCUUUGCCAAGACCGCCUCUUGCUUCAACCCGGUGGUGUUUGCACUAAGCCAUCCCAAGUAUCGGGAGGCUUUGUCUGAACUUUGCCCAUGUUUAGGCAUUCGGGAGGAAUCAGCCAAAGGAGGGGAUAACAAGAAUCCAACUCCGACCAUAGCAACCACAACAGCUUGAAUUCAAAACUGCAUGGCAUCUUCCAAGAGAGAACAUUUUUGAGAAGUGCCAUCAACUCGGAGUCUCAAACUCUUCUUCUAUUUGCGUCAUUCAUCUUUUUAAAUAACCCAUUCCAAAGAGGAUGAUACUCUGCAUUUAGCUGGCAAAAUUUUGACCACAAUACAUGAAGCAUGUCUGACCAAAAACAUCACACGUUCAGAAGAAGACUUUGAAGAUUUGGGAGUCGCUCCUUCCUUUAAUUAUGCCUGCCAACUGAGUUUGAAGGGCCACAAGAAAUGUAUGUAAAAAAAUUAUUGUUAAGUUUGACUUUUUGAGUUGAUUAAUACAAAAGCAACCCCUCGUGACCAAA